AUAUUUUUAAAUUUUCUGAGUGAAGCAUCUUUCAUUCUGUGCUUCUUCAUGGCAUAGGAUAUUCAAAAGGACCUCUUUCUCAAAUAUACCAAAGGACUGUAAUUACUGUAAUAGAAUUUUACUGUAACCAGGGGUUAGCCCCUAACUUCUUAGGUUGUAAAACUGUAUUUUCAUAAAAGCUUACUAAUCAUCUGUGAAGAAUGUAAAAUAUUGUUAAAUAUAACCGCUUAUGAUCCUUGAGGGAAAAGGAGUUCCUUAAAACUCAAAUAAGCUAAUUAAAAUUAUUUGUAUCCAUGAUUCUAUUGCCCCAGCCACUGUUUUCUUGUCAAAUUCAUAGAGACGGAGUAUGGACUGGUUUGCCAGGGGCAGGGGGGACGGGGAGAUGAAGAGUUAUUGCUUAAUGGGUACAAAGGUACAGUUUUGCAAGAUGAAAAAUGUUCUAUGGAUGAAUGGCAGUAAUGGUUGCACAACGACGUGAAUGCAUUUAAUGCCGCUGAACUGCACCCCCAAAAAUGGUUCAACUGUGGCUACCAGUGACUCAGGAGCUGAGCUUCCAAAAAUUCAUUGAACAAUCUGACUUGCUGGAAGAAUUUAAAUAUGACUUCAAUGAGAAAGCUGAAUUGAGACACACUGAGACACAAAGCCCUUUUGUCUUUAACUAUUAUGAAAAUGUCCUUGAGAGGAAUAGCAAGCGCUACCAGGCCCUCGGCCGUUUGCUUGAACAAUACAUUUAUGAGCUUUUGGAGAAACUGUGCAAAUUACAAAAGGUGUAUAUCCCACAAGAGGUUGAUAAGGAACCAAGAAGCUUCUUUUUCAUGAGUGAGGGAGCAUUAACAAAUCAUCAUUCUGUUGUUCUCGUCCUUCUUCAAGACCAAGGGGUCUUUCGAGCUGGUCAAUGGAGUCAGCAGGCAAUAAUACAUCAUGGUCUCCACCACGGAAGUCAGAUCCCGUGUAUUCAAAUGGCAUUGCAGGCACAUUAUGAUGUAAUUGUGCUAAACCCCAAUGACAAUUUUGUGGACCUAAAGAUGGAAAAAGAGUGGAAAAGCCUUUUAAAACAAAGCAUUGAGUCUCCCUCCCUAAAAAUGGCUCAGGCAGAGAGCUUCUUAUCUUUCCAGCACCCUCUCCAAGGCCUUCCAAAAAGAUGCAGCCACACUCCUGAAGAACACGUGGCUUACGUGUGGGAUCACUUCAUUUCGAGGACUGAAGGCAAGAAUGUUGCCUUCAUCGUGCAUGGUUAUGGAGGCUUGGUUUUUAUGGACUUGCUUGUUCGUAGAAAGUGGGAAGUGAUGAGCAAAGUAUAUGCCGUUGCCCUUAUUGACUCGGACCACCACGUGGGACACCAGCUGGGAAGUGAUGGACAGUUAUUAGCAUGGAUAAAGCACCACUGCCGUGAAUGGGUGACAAGCCCUAAGCCUUUGGAUAAACUUGCAGCUACUGUUUUGAAAAAGGAGUUUCCUGUGGUUUCUGCCGGUACAGAAAAACACAGCUUAGCCCCUUCCUCUAGCCUUCAGUCAAUUUUUAAAUACUUUAAAAAAGCUUUGAAAGCCAAAACGACUAUUACUUUCUCUCAAGUGCCAAUAGAAACUAGAAGCUCCACAAAAAGAAAGCAAAGUGCUUAAUUUACUUUUUGGUCAUCUAAGAUUUUUUUGUCCACUGAAACUUUGCUAACGAAGAUGGUAGAAGGAAAAGAACACUUACAGCUCAUAUACAGUGUAUGUUCUGGUUUAAGGCUUGAUUUGUUACUUUUCUAAAAAAAUGAAUAUGUUCUCCUUUGUAGCCUCUUGACAAAGCAGGAAGUCAGUCAGUACCAUCAUUAAUAUUUCACAGUAUUAGUCAAGUUAGAGGAUCUCUCUUUUGAAAAGCUACAUUUUUAUGGUUUAGUAGAAUGACACCAAAGCUGCAACUAAUACAAAUUAAAUAUUGCCUUUGAUUUUUAUGUUAUUAAUGCCAUAUUAAA